UCAAGACAAGUGAAGAUGGCGGAUGUGUUGAGUGUUCUCCGUCAGUAUAACAUCCAGAAAAAAGAAAUCGUCGCUAAAGGAGAUGAAGUUAUAUUUGGAGAGUUCUCCUGGCCGAAAAAUGUGAAGACCAACUACAUAAUCUGGGGUACUGGCAAAGAGGGACAACCCAAAGCGUACUAUACUUUGGACUCUAUCUUGUUCUUGCUCAACAAUGUGCAUCUUCCACAUACAUCCUAUGUGCGAAGAGCUGCUACUGAUAACAUCCCUGUUGUCAGACGACCUGAUCGAAAAGGCUUGCUGUCAUAUCUCAAUGGCGAGAGUUCCACAUCGACAAGUAUUGACAGAAGUGCACCCAUAGAAAUAGGUUUGCAAAGACCAACACAAGUGAAAAGAGCAGCUGAUGAAGUAUCUUCUGAAGCCAAAAAACCCAGGAUUGAGGAUGAGGAACGAGUGCGGUUGGAUAAGGAGCGCCUGGCUGCCCGUCUGGAGGGUCACAAAGAGGGCAUCGUGCAGACCGACCAGAUCAGAUCACUGUCUGAGGCCAUGUCAGUGGAGAAAAUCGCGGCCAUCAAAGCCAAGAUUAUGGCAAAGAAACGUUCCACCAUUAAAACGGAUCUGGAUGAAGACAUAACUCUGAAGCAGAGAAGCUUUGUGGACGCUGAGGUGGAUGUCACCAGAGAUAUUGUCAGCAGAGAGAGAGUUUGGAGGACCAGGACAACCAUUCUUCAGAGCACUGGAAAGAACUUCUCCAAGAACAUCUUCGCCAUCCUACAGUCAGUGAAAGCCAGAGAAGAAGGGCGAGCACCGGAGCAGAGACCCGCGCAGAACACUACUCAAGCGGACCCGUCCCAAAGGAACAAGCAGCCGGUCCCAGCUGCCUACAACAGAUACGAUCAGGAGCGAUUCAAAGGAAAAGAGGAAACGGAGGGUUUCAAGAUCGAUACCAUGGGCACAUACCACGGCAUGACCCUCAAGUCGGUGACGGAAGGAGCCUCUGCCCGGAAGGCCCAGACCCCUGCGCUGCAGCCGGUCCCUCGUCCAGUUUCACAAGCCAGACCUCCACCGAACCAGAAGAAAGGAUCCCGGACCCCCAUCGUCAUCAUCCCCGCUGCCACCACCUCGCUCAUCACAAUGCUCAAUGCUAAGGAUCUUCUCCAGGACCUUAAGUUCGUCACGCCAGAAGAGAAGAAGAAGCAGGGCAUCCAGCGCGACAACGAGGUUCUGCUGCAGAGGCGCAAAGACCAGAUCCAGCCGGGAGGCGCGACACUGAGUGUCACUGUGCCGUACCGCAUCAUCGAUCAGCCGCUAAAACUGGCUCCACAGGACUGGGAUCGAGUGGUGGCUGUAUUUGUGCAGGGUCCUGCCUGGCAGUUCAAAGGGUGGCCGUGGCUGCUGCCUGAUGGAUCUCCUGUCGACAUUUUUGCCAAAAUCCGAGCCUUUCAUUUAAAGUAUGAUGAAGCGAAGAUAGAUCCCAAUGUGCAGAAGUGGGAUGUGACCGUCCUGGAGCUGAGCCGUCACCGGCGCCAUCUGGACCGACCCGUCUUCCUGCGCUUUUGGGAAACCCUGGACAGAUACUUGGUGAAACACAAACCUCACCUCAGGUUCUGAGCCCAGAUCAGAGCGUCUCGGAAAAUCCUGCAAAAGAAUUCAUCGACCCCUCCGCCUGUCCUCGGUCCACCUCUUGCGGACGCAGCCCCUUUAAUUGCAGACGCCAUCCCAUAUUCCAACAUAAUCCCCACGUUGACAGGAGAAGGAGAACACAGCAUCCAGUGGACCUCCUCCGACACGUCCUCGUGGAGAGGGGAUUGAGGGGAUGUUUCUGGUUUUGUUGUAAAUGUUUUCAUGUAGUACCAAAAAAUACCAAAAUAUGUUUUAUAUUAAAAAAGGCAAUAUACUGUGGAAACAAUUUAAAGGAGCAUAAUGGGGUCGAAGGGAGAGGAGGUUUUCAUUGAUGUCGAAGAAGAAAGGGCUUUUGAAUUGUAUUGAAUUGAAUUUUGAAUUAUGCUCAGAACUGUUUAGAUUGAAGGAAACGUGGAAAUGACUCUUGGUACAAACAGAAUGACCACUGAGGUUGAGGAAAGACUUCCUUUACACUUCUCUUUUGUUUUCUUUUGGGUGUUUUGGUCUGAAUGUACAUAUAUGAUACGAUGGAGCUCGUCGAAAGCUCUUUGAGCAGAGAGAUGCGGCGAAGUGACGCUCACACGACGAGAGGAGAGGAGGAGGCCGUUCUUGGCUCAGUCUUUUAGACGGAUCAGCACAUCUCUUGGUCAUGCAGUGGCCAUGUUCAAGUCUUCUUUUCCUUCUUUGUUGGUGUUGUGCUAGAGGAGAAACGUGAUGGAAAGUAUUGCUUUAAGUUGUCACGUUAAAUUGACAAUAAAGCUUCCAGAGAAACAAAUAUCUGUGCACUGCCUGUUAUAGAUGGGUGUUCCUUUUUUAUUCGUCUCCCCCUUUAGUUUUAUUUGAUGGUAAAAUAAUGAAUGUAUGCAGGGUUUUUCCUGGGUCAAAAUGGGUCUUCGGUGAGCCCAACAUUUUCGGGUUCGGCUGCAGCAGACUUGAAACAUACUAUUGAGAACAUAUUCGCUGACAUGCACCUGAUGAACACAGAUUGUAUUUUUUUUAUUUUUUUUCCAUCACAGACUUUUUUUUGCCUUAGGCGCUCAGGAAAACGUCUUAGGCGCGCGCCCAAAUUUUCUCUAUGCAGGAAAAACCCUGUGUAUGUAAAGGUGACCGAACGGAGAAGAGUCCCUUCUUAACCCUCCUGCCGCCUUCGGGUUAAUUUGACCCCAUUCAAUGUUUAAUGUCGGUGUUCUUUCGGUAGUCAACAAACAAACACAAAGUGCCUCACACUUAAACUUGGAAAACAAUAUUAAUUCUAAUAAUUUUCUGGAGGUUUUAAUUGCUGGCGUCAAAUUGAACCCAAAGGGUAAAAUAUGUUAGUAAAUAUAAAGGUAACAGGAGGGUGAAACAUUGAAUCGGGUCAAAAUGACCCAAAGGCGGGGGGAGGGUUAAAUAUUUAAUCGGGUCAAAAUGACCCGAAGGCAACACAAGGGUUAAGGGUCCAGAAACGAGGCUGGAUUACCAACUAUGCCCGAGACCUUCAAAACAUCCAGUCAGUUGCUUUCUGUAUAUCGGUUUAGUAAAUUAGCACCACUAUAGAACAGCUGGCUCCUAAAAUAUAUAAUGUAAUGUUGUGUACCUGUUAAUCUAGUUUUAAAGACAAUAGUAUUUAGUUAUGCGUUA